CUGGACUGUAGCGCGUGGUUUGUCCUUCUACGUUACCAGUUUGACAUAAACAAGUCCCGGUAGUUGUUUAGUCUUCAUUAUUAGUAUGUUAAGAUCAUCUUUUCUCUGUAACUCAAAAAAAUGGAAUAUUCUACGCCGACUUGUUCAUUCUGAAGCUAUCACGUACACUGAACAUGGUGAUCCAGAACAGGUUUUGCGUUUCUCAUCUACCCAAGUACAUCCAUUUGCAAAUGAUGAAGUUUUGAUAAAAGUAUGUGCAGCUCCUAUAAAUCCGUCGGAUAUCAACACAAUACAAGGUACUUACCCAAUAAAACCAAAAUUACCUGCUGUUGCUGGGAAUGAAGGUGCGGGUAAAAUUAUUGCUUGUGGUAAAAACGUGGAUGGUUUCGCUGUAGGAGAUACAGUUAUUCCUUUGGACUUGGCAUCAGGAACAUGGCAAACGUAUUGGUGUGGUCGAGCUGACAGAUUUUUGAAAAUAAAGCAUCCAAUUCCGAUGUCUUAUGCUGCAACAUUAGCGAUUAAUCCUAGCACUGCACUCCAUUUACUGAAUAAUUUUGUAGAACUUCAAAAAGGCGAUACUUUAAUUCAAAAUGGUGCAACUAGUGCUGUCGGAAUAUAUGUUAUCCAAAUAGCAAAAAUAUUAGGAUUUAAUACAGUGAACUUGUUUCGCGAAAGGGAAACACCUGAAGCCACAAAUGAAACACGUGAUCUUCUGAAGAGUUAUGGAGGUACUUGGUGUCUCACAGAGUCUGAAUACUUGGAGCGGGCUAAAGAGAUAGGUCCCUUUAAACUUGCACUCAACUGUUUAGGAGGAAAACCUGCAUCAAUCCUGGUGAAAAACUUAGAUCAUUCCGGGAUUAUGGUUACUUACGGUGGAAUGACUCGGAAUCCAAUGCCCUUACCUGUUGGUCCAUUUAUUUUUAAAGAUAUUAGUUUACGUGGAUUUUGGCUAUCUAAUUUUAAUCUACGCCAGUCUACAUCACAAAGACAACUUAUUAUUGAUCAAUUAUCAAAAUGGUUUUCUGAAGAGCUUAUUAAACCAUCACCAUUUGAAGAGAUUCCUUUCAAAGAAUGGCGUAAAGCGUUGAGUAUGUCAUUAUUCAAUGAUUCAACACCAACAAGUAUUAGAAAGAAGUCUGUUCUGAUUAUGGAAUGAUAUGUUUGUGUAUAUUGCAAAUUAAUGUAAAAAUUAAUAUGACUUAGUUGUUAUGUUGCCUUUUUUAUCUCUGAAACUUAAAAUUCCCAGAUCGUACUCAUAUACAUUGACUUGUAAUUUUUAUUCUGCAAUUUUUACUUAUUCAUUGUUUAUAUCUUAGUUUUAGCCUAAAAACUUAUUUUCCACCAAUAUUAUUACCUUCCUGUAUAUUCUUGAAUCUGUAUAAUAUAAGAUUUAAUAUAUAUACACUAUGUCGUCGAUUUUUAAAUCGGUCACAGCGAGGACUCAGAAAAACUAUAUUUAGAUUCCUUCCAAAUGCUGUAGGGUAGUGUAUUCAUUCGACAGCUUAUUCUCUCCAAGACAAUUAAGUGUACACAUACAAAUAUGGAGUUUAACUGAUAUUAUUUUUAAACAAGAUUUAAUGAUGUUGGACAACA